AUGUUGGCUGUCGGUCUUGUGAGUCACAGUAGUAGUGGUGUGAGGUGGAACAACCACAACAGUACAGGUUUCGACGUCAUCACAGUUUGUUGGUGUAAAAGUACCUGGAGUUGGGUGAGCACUGUCGGUUUUGUGGGUCACAGUAGUGGUAGUAUGUGGGGUGACAACUUCAACAGUACAGGUAGGGACUUUGCCACAAUCGCUUGGGGUGUAAGUACCGGGAGUUGGGUGAGCAGAGUUUGUGACAUGGGUUUUAGUAGUAGUCUCUGGAGGAACCAAACAACCCAAGGUACCAAGUUGGAAUGUUGCCACAUUCAGUGUUAUGUUGCCAGGUGUUGGGUGAGCACUGUUUUCAGGACUAGUCACAGUGGUGGUUUCUUGUGGCGGAACAACCGUAAGAAGUGCAUGUUUGGAGCAGUUCACAGUCGGCUGGUGUGUAAGUUCCGGUCUUUGGGUGUUCGCUGUUCGUGCCGUAGGUGGUGGUGGUGGUAA